GGCGGAUCUGAUUGUGAGCAGAGACACUUCUAUCACGGACAAACGAUUUCAAAAACACAACAACUGAAAAUGGACCUGAGCUUGCGUGACGCUUUCACAGAUGGCGCUCCCAAGCCGGGCCAGGAAAGCGUUCUGAAGAGGGACUUUGUGGCUGGACUGGAGGCAGAGAGCUUUGACGACAAAGUCGGGGAGACUGUGGGGAAAGCUGACUUCCGCCCUCUGAUGGAUGGGAUGGAUGGUAAGAGGGAAGGUUCUGGUUUUAUGUCUGGGGCCCAAAUUGGAGGUCAGCGCCAGGAUCCUCAAGGAGAGCAUCGUUCCAGUCCACUGGGGCAGCAAGCCUUUCGUACCGAUUUUCUGUCAGGCCCAACAUCACUGAUGGGCAUGUCUGAUCAGUGGGGAAACCAGCAAAUGGGCUCUAAGAUGAAUGACCACAGCAUGGAUUCCUUUCUAGGUUUGUCCCAGCCAGGGAUGAACAUGAAUACACAUAUGAGCAUGAAUGUGAAUAUGAAUGUGGGCGCAGCCCCUCUUCAGACUUCGCAACCUCCCAGCAUGGGUGAACCAUUGAAAACCUCUCCUCUGUUUGGCACUGAAGCACCCAAACCAACCCAGACACCUGCUAAACCAAGUGACAGCAGUCCUUUUAACGUCCAAGACAACGCUGCAGAAGUUUGGGGGAGCCCUUGGGGAGGUGAGGACAAGCUCACAGUGGAGCUGCCCCAUGCCCCCAACUCCUCCACGGCAACCAGUAGGCAAGCUGACCAAGAACCUCAGAAUCCCACAGACCCAUUGGGCUCCCCUGGAUCCCAGUGUGAAGAUGCAGCAUCAGGGGAAGAGAGGGAGAAAGAAGGUGGCAACUCAAAGCAGCAGAAGAGGAAGAAGAAGAAACGAAAGAAUAGGGAAGAGGUUUAUGACCUCCUGGAAAGCCUUGGCUCUCCAGAGUCAGAGGAGACUCCCUCAGAAAGUUCGAAUCACGGCUGCCCUUCGCCACCCAGUAGGGAGGAGGAGAUGUGGGAGAGUGAAAUUCAAGAGAGGGGUGGAGGAAGGGUCAAAGCCAGAAAGAGUAAGAGCAGGAAGAAGCUCCCUGAGGAAUGGAGCGCACUUUCAGAUACCUCUGUCACGUCCCAUCCUCAUGAGCCAAGUCCCUUAACUGCGAUGGGUGUAGAGUUCAGCACCAGUGACAUGCAUGAAACCCAGAAACCCUCUGGCCAUAGCGUAGAGCAAGGGACAACAUUACCCUCCUCCACACCCAACCCUUUUUCCCUCACAACCGCUACCCCUUACUCCCCGCUGUCAGAUAGUCAGGUAGACACCUCCAUGAUGUCUGGCUACUCACACAGCUCCCCCUCUUUCACCACUGCCACCCAUGCUGGAGACUUCACCCUCAAGACUGAUAGGGAUGACAAGAGUCUCUCAGCUCUAGAUCAUAUUGUGACUGAUGCCUUUUCAGGUAUUACUGAUAUGGAUACAGACCACUUGCUGGACAUCCCUAAGUCUACUGCCAUAAAAGAGACCCCUAAAAAUGACACAUGUCCUGUUAUUUCCCCUUCCAAAGAUUUGUCUGAAAAAAAGAGUGUUGAUCUUCAGCCUGAGAUCUCUCCCAAAUCAUCUGAGGGCGUAAGCUCUACUUUGGAUGAACCUUACCGUCAUGGUGAUAAGACCUUGUACGGUACUACCUUGCAUGAAGUCAACCAGUCAAAUCAAGUUAAACACACUGAAUUGACUGUAGAUGUAGGUACGACAGAUCAUUCUAUUUCUUUCCCCUCAAAACUGUCCUCAUCAGAUACCCAUCCAUCCUUUGAUCCCAACCAUAAGACCACCCCUGCCCUCAGCCCAACCUCCCAGACUGUCCUAUUCCUCGAUUCUGUCUUACAGACAGCCACCGCAGAUGCAAGCCCCCCAACUCAGAGCACACCCGAUCUCACCCCCACCCUUCAGGUCACUGCUACACCUACCCCAGUCUCUCAGAGCCCCUCAGCUGUCAGUCACAUUUCCCCACCUGCCACCCCCAGCCCUGCAGUGAGCUUGAGCCUUAACCCUGCGGCCCCGCCUUUCAUCCCUUCACACACAGAGCACCUGGAGCCCCCGUUGGCACAGCCCCCCCUGCUGGAAGUGAAAGAAGAGAAGACUAACAAACAGGACAUAGUGGAGAAGGACAAAAUGGAGAAGGACAAAGUAGAGAAGGACAAAAUGGAGAAGGACAAAAUGGAGAAGGACAAGGUGGAGAAGGAAAAGGUGGAGAAGGAAAAGGUGGAGAAGGACAAGGUGGAGAAGGUGGAUACUUUUGCAAAGAUAGACAGCUUUGGCAUGUUCAACAAACCUGAAAAGGUGGAGAAGACUGAUUUCUUUGAAAAGAAAGAAGACACCAUGAAGAAGAUGGACACUGGGGACUUGAAGAAGGUCGACAGUGGGGACUUAAAGAAGGUGGACAACAUGGACUCAAAGAAGGUGGAUAAUGUGGACUUGAAGAAGAUGGACACUGGGGACUUGAAGAGGGUGGACAACCAGGACUUGAAGAAAGUCGACAAUUUAGACAAGACACAAAAAAAUGAGAAGAUCAUCAAAGAAGAGGAGAAAGGUGAGAAGCAAAUGGAGAAACAAGACAAUAAGGCUGAAAAGAAUGAGAAACUUGAGAAAGUGGACAAGCCUGAAAAGAUGAACAAGGAAGACAAAGAUGAGAAGAAAGACAGUGGUGAAAAAACAGACAAGACCACCAAAGCUGAAAAGAACGAGAAGACUGGCAAGGGGCCUGCUAAGUCCCCAACUACUAGUGGGAGCAAAACACUGACCAGUCCUGACAGCAAGGCCAAGCCUUCUGUUGGGUCAACCAAACAAAGUUCUGCAAGACCAAACUCACUGUCCACUGGGGACAGUGGCACCCCUUCCAAACGCACACCCCCCACCCCCACGUCCAAUAAAAAAAGUCCUGUGCCCAAGGCAACCACCCCCUCAGCUGGUAGCAUGGGAGCUCCUGUCACCAACUCUUCCCGUGAGGUCAAAGCCAAGGCUUCAGAAAAUGGCACUGCCCAACGCCGUCCUCCAGUGCCAAAGGCCAAUGGUGUACCCACUUCCCGCUCCACUACUGCUAAGAAUGGACCAAGCACCCCAAGCAGUGCCCCAUCUCUACGCCGCACGUCUGCCACAAAGACUGAGAACAAAGCAGGGGAGACAAAAAAGCCUAGUACAAAGACAACAGCAUCAAAAACCACUCCAAGGGCAACCCGCACCUCCCCUUCUGCCACUGAUUCAAGCGCACCGGCAACUAACGGUGCACCACGUCCCUCUCGUAUCACCAAACCCCCUGUACCGAAGCAGACCGUGCCAGAGAGGAAGCCUCCCGUGCCGCGGGCUCCCCGUAAUGUGCGCCCCACAAGUGCACCCAUGCCUGACUUAAAGAACGUUCGCUCCAAGAUUGGUUCCACAGACAACAUUAAGUACCAACCUGGAGGAGGAAAGGUCUCUGCAGCCCAGGCCAGGACUGAUGCUCUGGCAAAGGGCUCCCACUCCAAAGAGACCAGCCAGGGCAAAGUCCAGAUAGUUCACAAAAAGUUGGACUUCAGCCAUGUCACCUCACGCUGUGGUUCCAAGGACAAUAUCAAGCAUGUCCCUGGGGGAGGGAAUGUUCAGAUUCUUAAUAAGAAGGUCGACUUGAGCAAGGUGACAUCAAAGUGUGGCUCCAAGGACAACAUUAAGCACAAGCCAGGGGGUGGUGAUGUGAAGAUUGAGUCGCAUAAGGUGAACAUCAAGGCCAAGUCCAAAGUUGGGUCACUGGACAAUGUCGGUCAUGAGCCAGGAGGUGGAAAUGUCAAGGCUGAGGGGGGACAGGAGAAAUCCCAGACAAGCCCAUCUCCCCCUGGUGUCCCCCCGACCCAGGCAACCAAUGGGACAAAGGAAAAUGGGCUAAAGGAGGGUGCCCCUGCACCCAUGCCCUCUGUUGGAGAGGGACUCUGGGACCCCCAGGGCCUGGACAAACUCAUCCCUGGGACAAAUUGAGUCUUACAAGCUCAGCUUCCGCGAGAACGCACGAGCUCGCACGGACCACGGCGUCAGUAUCAUCUCCAGGUCCUCCCUGAGUGGCAGCCACC